UCAAUGGAUCAACCUUAAGUACCACCAGCCGGAGAGUAAACCAAAGAGCAAGUCGGAGAGCAAGCCAUUAGUAAAUCCCAAUAGAAAUAUCUUAAAAAGUUAGAGGAGAAGGAAAAGAAGAAAGCUGAAAAAGAAGCUGAAAAAGUAUAAUAACAAGAGAAUGCUGCAGAAAAAAAAAAACCAAGUAUUAAUAAUUGUUAUCAAUAUUAGAAAAGAUCUAAUAAGAAGAUGAAGAAGAAGUAGAUCCUCGUCUCUUUCAUGAGAAUAGAUCAAAAUAAGUAUUAGCACUUAAACAAACUAAAGACCCGUAUUUAAUUUUAUUUAAAAUAGAAAUCCAUACCCUCACAAAUUCCAUGUGGAUUUAACAAUAGCUCAAUUUAGAGAUAAGUAUGGUCCAAUUUGCACAGAAAAAGGCAAAAUUCAUGAGGAUGUUGUCUCUGUGGCAGGAAGAGUGGUUACCAUUAGAUCUAUGGGAGCAAAACUUAUGUUUUAUGACUUAUAAGGUGAAGGAACAAAAAUUUAAGUUAUGGCAAAUGAAGGUAAUCACAAAGACCAAGAAUUAAGCUUUGAAAAAAUUCAUACUUUGAUUAAAAGAGGAGAUAUUAUUGGAGUAAAAGGAAAUCCUUGUUUAACAAAAGCAGGAGAAUUAAGUAUUGCACCAGGCAUCAUUCAAUUGUUAUCACCUACAUUACAUAUGUUACCUACAGCUCAUUUUGGAUUCAAAGAUCAUGAAUAAAGAUAUAGAAUGAGAUAUUUGGAUUUGAUUAUGAAUAAGAAAGUAAGAGAAAUAUUCCUUACAAGAUCAGCAGUUAUUAAAUAAUUAAGAGAAUAUUUUGAUGGUAAAGGAUUUAUAGAAGUUGAGACUCCCUCUUUAAAUGUUAUCUAAGGAGGAGCUACUGCUAAACCUUUUAAAACAUUCCAUAACUCAUUACAUAGAGAUUUAUUCAUGAGAGUUGCACCAGAAUUAUAUUUGAAGAUGUUAAUUGUUGGUGGAUUAGAUAGAGUCUAUGAAAUAGGUAAAAACUUUAGAAAUGAGGGAAUUGAUUAAACUCAUAAUCCUGAAUUCACAGCUAUGGAAUUUUAUUGGGCUUACUGUGAUUAUAAUGAUCUCAUGACUGUUACUGAAGAAGUCUUGUCAUCAAUUGUUUUAAAGUUGAAAGGAAGCUAUAAAUUCAAAAUUCAUAAGGGUGAUAAUCCUACUAUCACACUUACAGAACAUGAUAUUAAAUCUGGUCAUUUUAAAGAAAAUGAAGAAGAUUUCAUAGAACUUGAUUUCACACCACCUUGGCCAAGAGUUUCUAUGAUGGCUGAAUUAGAAAAAAAAUUAGGUGAAAAAUUACCUGAAGUUUUGGAAAGUGAAGAAGCUAAUGCCUUCUUUAAUUAAUAAGCAAAAAAACAUAAAGUUGAAUGUUCUAAUCCAAGGACUACUGCAAGAUUGAUUGAUAAAUUAGUUGGUCAUUUCUUAGAAGUCAAUUUUAAGAAUCCAACUUUUUUAAUUGAUCAUCCAUAAUUGAUGAGUCCAUUAAGCAAAGUACAUAGAUAAUAUCCAGGUUUAACUGAAAGGUAUUAAUAAUAAUAAACAACAUAGAUUUGAACUCUUUGUUAAUUAUCAUGAAUUGUGUAAUGCCUAUACAGAAUUAAAUGAUCCAUUUGUUUAAAAAGCAUUAUUCUAAAAGUAAGUUGAAGAUGCUGCCAAAGGUGAUGAUGAAGCUAUGGGAUAUGAUGAAGGAUUCAUUAAAUCAUUAGAACAUGCUUUACCACCGUAAUUAUUAUUAAAUAUUUAAUUUUAGAACUGCAGGAUGGGGUCUUGGUAUUGAUAGAUUUGUGAUGUUAUUAACAGAUACUCAAAACAUUUAAGAAGUUCUUCUGUUUCCUGCAAUGAAACCUGAAAUGUCUAUUGAAGAGAUGUAGAAAAUUUAGAAAGAGAAGGAGGAAUAAAAAUAAAAAUAAUAGUAAUAAUAAUAAUAAUAAUAAUAAUAAUAAUAAUAAUGA